UUUGGUGGAAUCUUCAGACAGCGACUCAUCAGAUAACGAAGAAAAUUUAUUACUGCUAUUAUAUAAGCCAGAAAUAAUUUCACAUGUCCGCUGUCAAAAUUAUGUCGAGAACGUUGUAGCUUUAUAUACUGACAAAGAAUUUAAAAUGCACUUUCGGUAAUAAGUAAGAAGUAAUAUAAAAAAACUUGAUAUUUGUAGAUUGAUUAUAUAUGUCAAAAUAAGUGUGAUGAAAAUUUAUGUUUCAUAGAGAGAAAGAGAGAGAAAGAUUUAUUAUACUAUCAAUAUAAUAUAUAUUUAAUUUAAAUAUAUUUUAUAACAUACAUUUAUAUCAUUGAAUUAAUAUUUAUAAAAAAAUAUAUAUAUAUAGAAUAUUAAUUGAUUUAGAAUGAAACGGAAUACUUUCCAAUUUUUAUUGGACUUAUUAAGACCCAAAUUAUGUAAGCAGAGUGAGAGAUUUGGUAGAGAACCCAUUUCUCCUGAGAAGCAAUUACUUAUUGCAAUAUGGAUAUUGGCUACACCAAAUUCUUAUAGAUGUGUUUCAGAUAGAUUUGACGUAGGUAAAGGUACUGCAUGGCGAAUUGUGCAGAAGGUAAUAAAUACCUUGUAUACAAACGUAAGAACAUUUAUACGUUGGCCAAAUAGAGAAGAAGCAGAGCAAACUAUGGAAACGAUAGAAAAUCGUUAUAGUUUCCCAGGUGUUAUUGGUGCAGUAGAUGGUACGCAUAUAAAAAUUAUUGCACCACAAUAUCACAGCGAAUCAUAUAUUAACAGAAAGGGAUUUUGCUCUAUUCAAUUGCAAGUAAGAGUUAAUGUUAUUUAUAAUAUUUUAAUAUUAAUUUAUGGCCGGUAUUUAUAGUAUCUUAU